CCAUUUCAAUUUUUUAUUUUUUAUUUCUUCACCGGUUGCGGCCGUAAUUUCCAUCUAAUCAAAAUCUUAACGAUUUUCAACAAAAAUGACCAUAAUACCCCUACUCACUUGCAGGCAAAAUAAAAUCGGAACUUGAGCCUUGGACUAAAGACGCUGCGUUUUGAGCCUUCCCGUUCCCCCUAUACCUAUCCAGUAUAUGUGUUGGAGAAAGGAAUACUGAGCACUAGCACAAAGAAAGUGGUUCGAUGGCCUCCAUUUUGAGCCAACCUGGCUGCUGCAUCAGAAUCCAUCGACGAUGCUGCGUUAACACUCUAAGAUUCUUCUCUUUAAAGCCUUUCGCUUCCCGUUCCAAUUCUCAUCGCCAUUUCUCGCAGAAGCCGAUCAGAAAGACCUUCGCUCUCCGUGUUUCCAGAAGCUUCUGUCAAUCUCACCACUUCCUCAACACCGGUGCCCCCUCUCUUCAUCACUUCAUCGCUCAAGCUUCCCUCACCGCCUCUCAACCAUCGCCUGAUAUUUUGUCUAGCGAUGCACCAGUUCCGGAAGUUGUUUCAAAAGGUAGAAUUUAUCACGAAACUUAUGGAUGUCAAAUGAAUAUAAAUGACAUGGAAAUUGUGCUAUCAAUCAUGAAGAACGCUGGAUAUAGUGAAACUGUGGAAGUUCCUGAGAGUGCAGAGAUUAUUUUUAUUAAUACUUGCGCGAUAAGGGACAAUGCGGAACAAAAAGUCUGGCAAAGGCUUAAUUAUUUCUGGUUUUUAAAGAGGCAUUGGAAGAGUAAUGUGGCUAUAGGAAGAUCACAGUCGUUGCAUCCUCCAAAAGUGGUGGUGUUAGGAUGUAUGGCUGAAAGGCUAAAGGAUAAGAUUCUGGAUGCUGAUAAGAUGGUUGAUGUGGUAUGCGGUCCGGAUGCUUAUAGAGAUUUGCCGACGUUGUUGGAAGAGGUUGAGUAUGGUCAGAAAGGGAUUAACACUCUUCUUUCGCUUGAAGAGACAUAUGCGGAUAUUAGUCCUGUUAGGAUUUCAAAAAAUUCGGUUACGGCAUUUGUUUCUGUGAUGAGGGGGUGUAACAAUAUGUGCUCCUUUUGUAUUGUUCCGUUUACUAGAGGUAGAGAGAGGUCUCGUCCUGUGGAGUCUAUAGUGAAGGAGGUGGGGGAGCUUUGGAAAGAAGGUGUGAAGGAGAUAACACUUCUUGGACAGAAUGUGAAUAGUUACAAUGAUGCAUCUGGAAGUGAAAAGGAAGUUGAACCUGGAAGUAAUUGGGCGUUGAGUGAAGGCUUUAAAAGCAUGUGUAAGGUUAAAAACAUGGGCUUGCGUUUUGCUGAUCUCUUAGAUCGUCUUUCUACUGAGUUUCCGGAGAUGAGGUUCAGAUAUACAUCCCCACACCCUAAAGAUUUUCCAGAUGAGUUGCUGUAUCUGAUGCGGGACCGCCAUAAUAUCUGUAUGUGUAUACAUCUGCCUGCACAAACAGGAAGUACCACAGUUCUUGAAAGAAUGCGUCGGGGAUAUAGUAGAGAGGCUUAUUUAGAGCUUGUUCAGAAGAUACGCAGAAUCAUUCCAGAUGUGGGAAUAAGCAGUGAUUUUAUAUCUGGAUUCUGUGGUGAAACAGAGGAGGAACAUUCAGACACGCUAAGCCUAAUAAGGACUGUUGGUUAUGAUAUGGCAUACAUGUUUGCAUACAGCAUGAGGGAGAAAACUCAUGCCCACAGAAACUAUGUAGAUGACGUUCCUGAAGAAGUCAAGCAAAGGAGGCUUACUGAACUUAUUGAGGGUUUCCGUGAGAGUACUGGUCAGCGCUACGACUCUCAGGUGGGAACCAUUCAAGUUGUGCUGGUUGAAGGACCAAACAGGAGAGCUCCAGAUACAGAGCUUAUUGGCAAAAGUGAUAGAGGCCAUAGAGUUUCAUUUGUUAAUCUUCCUUUGCUAGAUCGAGAUGAUCAAUCGGAUAACAAAAGGAAUCCCAUUGUUGGUGAUUAUGUAGAAGUACAUAUAACAAAGUCUUCAAGAGCAUCACUUUUUGGAGAGGCAGUUGCUAUAACUAAAUUAAGUACAUUUUACAGCCAUGUGGAGGAAGCAGUAGUUGCCUGUGGUAGCUGAAGUUGAAAACCAGCUGCCUUUUACUGCUGUGCGCGCUUUAGGUUUUGUUUUAUUUUUAUUUUUUAUUUUUUGGAAAAGUUGUUUCCUUUCUUUGCCAUGAAAUUUCAAACGGUUUCAUACUUGUUUCGUAAUGCUAGAAUAGCUUAUUCCCGUCUGUAGAAUAGACAUUUAUUGCUAGGGGAUUAAUAGCUUUAGUUGCCAAGCCAUUGAUUUGACGUAAAUGUUGUCUAGGUUGGUCCUGCCAAGAGAAGGGUCUGAAAUUUGCUAUUUGGAGCUUCUGCUUCAAAAUUGCUAAGAGUUGCUUUUCUGAAUUUUUUUUUUUUCAGAAUGUGGUAGUUACAUGUCAAUAACGAAUACCAUAAAGAAAGGAUGAAGGCAAUUGUCGCUGCGGAAUUUUCUUCUUUCCUUUUAGUCUCACUCUCCAUUUUGAUUCCGGCUGAUUCUAGAAAGUAGAAAUUGAUUUUUAGGCCCUACUCC